AUGAUGGCCAAGCGUCCAAAGAAAAUCGUGUAUGGUGACCAGAUCCAAAGGUCAGAAUACAACGAUGGCGUCCUUAGAAACAACAAUCGGGCUAAUAAUAGAUUAUCUCGCGAGAUGUUAAUGUACGAGAAAGCACAAAAGGUCGUUCUGAAAGAUCUAGGUAAAGAAACACAACUGCUGCGCACAAAAUUAAGUAUGUCAACGAUAGCGUCUCCACGCCUUGCAUUUGCAAAGAACACAACAACAGACAUUGAGCCCUUUACCAUAUAUGGUAUGUCAGCUAAUCCCAAAAGCAAAAAAGAACCCGUGCGGAAAGUUACACUGAAGCCAAUAUAUCCGUCUGUGGGAGAUUCAACCCCUACCCCUCGAACAAGUUUUACAUCUCGUACAAGUUUUGUUCCUUCGCGGAGUCAUGUGGUGGUGAGUUCAAGCUCAAGAAACGGUUUAGUGGACUCAAGACAAGAGAAAGUAAACUCAAGAAAUAGUUUACUAGAUUCGCGGAAUAGCGCACUAAAUUCUCGAAAUGAUUUCAUUGAUGGGUCGGUGAGCGCUAGAAGUGGAAUGGUAGAACCACGGAGUGGACUGGUAAAUUCCCGCGCAAAUAUGAAUAAUUCCCGGAAUAGCGGAGUUCAGUUAAGUGCAUUGAAUACUACCUCUGGCAAGCUGGCCUCUUCAAAAUCUAGAAAAACAGUCAAAUCUGGAAAAAAUGCAAGUUCUUAUCAAGAUAACGAAAGUGAUUUCUCAUCAAUGGACCUCCGAGGAGGACGAGCAAGUGUUAUCUCCGACUUUAAAAGUCGACAAGCUCCUUCUCGGUUGAGUUUUAUUGAAAUACUUGCGGAAGCGGAAGAACGAAAGGCAAAAGAAGCAAAACUAGAAUUAGAGGCCAACUCUGUUACAACGCCAAUGCUUCGUCCGAAAACACCUCUUCUGACUAUUGACGGUGACGUCACAGCACCAUCGACUGACGUCAAUAGACAAGAUGAGUCGGGUAGGAGAGGAAGUCACAUGGGGGCGACGCCGAAAGCUACGGCGGUAACUGUCGAUCAGAAUUAA